GUCAUGAUAUCAUCUAGUGCGACAACCAAGGGGAAAACAACGGCUGAAACACCCCUUACGACUACAGAUAUCUCUACAGCUUUUACUACAGGACUACAAUCUACCAUUGUAGCUUCAACUAGUGAGACUACGAAGGAGACUACCGAGCAAUCCACCAUUAAAACAACACCUCCUCCAACUACCGAUAAGUCUACAGAAUCACCAACAGCAGCUUUUACAACGGAACCGAAAUCUACUAUCAUAACAUCUAUUGCAACUACACCUCCUUCAACUACCGAUAUAUCCACAGAAUCGCCAACCGCUGGCUCUACUACUGAAGCACUCUCUACCUUCAAAACAACAACUAGUGUAACCACAAAGGAGGCAUCAGAGCCACUAACAACAGAACGAAGCACUGCGCUGUUGUCCACCAUCGAGACAACAACCCCUAUAUCUACAGAUAUCACUACAGCUUUUACCACAGAACCACCAUCUACUGUCAUAACAACUAGUGGGACAGCAAAUGGGACAACAGAGACACUUAGAACAGAGCAAACAACAGAACAAUUGUCCACCAUUGCGACGACGCCUCCAACAACUCCGGAAAUGUCUACAGAGACAACAUCUACAGAAUUGACUACAAAACCUAAAUCUACAAUAGCAACAAUCUCCAGUGCGACCACGAUGGAGACAACAGAACCGCUCACAUCCGCACAAACCACAGAAAUAUUGUCCACUGUUGACACAUCUACAGCAACAAUAAAUAUGUCAACAGAACUACCAUCCACAGCUUUUACUACAGAACCACAAUCUACUAUCAUAACAACAUCCAGUACGAGUACGACUGCGAAGGAGACAACUGAGCCACCAACAACUUUCACUACAGUACCUCACUCAACCGUUACUACGAAAGGGACAACACAACAAUCCACAGAACUAUUGUCAACCAUUGAGACAACGCCUCCGACAACUUCAGAUAUCUCUACAGAAUCCCCUUCUACAGGUUUUACAACAAACCCGAAGUCGACUAUCAUAACAACGUCUGGUGUAACUACAAAGCCAGUUACUACAGAGAAAACCACAAUGCCACUGUCUUCUGUAGAUACAACGCCUCCGACAACUUCAGAUUUGUCUACAGAUUCAAUGUCUACAGGUUUUACAACGGUCUUGCCGUCUACAACGUCUGAUGGAACUACAAGAGGGACAACGGAGUCCCUUACUACAGAGUAUGUCUACGGAAUUGCUAACAACACCUUUUACUACAAAACCACCGUCUACGAUUAUCACAACAUCUGUCGUGACUACUCAGGGAACGACAGAGUCACUGACAACGUCACAAACCACAGACAUAAUUUCCACAGUCGCUACAACGCCUCCACCAACUACGGUUAUAUCUACAGAAUCGCCAACUACAGAUUUUACAACAAAACCUCAGUCUACCGACAUAACGACGACAACGCGGACAACAACAAUACAAACCACCACUCCAUCGUCUACUCAAGAAACAACGCCUCCUGCAACUACGGAUUUAUUUACAGAAUUACCAACCACAGCUUUUACUACAAAACCAGGAUCUACGAUCAAAACAUCUGGUGCGACGACGGAGUUACAACCAUCGACCGUACAAACCACAAUCUUGCCAUCUACCGUAGAAACAACGCCUCCUUCUACUACAGCUAUGUCUACAGAAUUAUCAUCCACUGCAAUUACUACAGAACCACAGUCCACUAUCAUAACAUCUGGUGCAACUACGGAGGGAACAACACGGUCACUGACAACAAUAGCACAAACCACUGUUCCGUUGUCCACUGUGGAAACAACGCCUCCCGCUACCACAGAUAUGUCUACAGAGUCACCAACCACGGGCCUAACUACAGAACCACAGAUACAGGACCACAAUCUACCAUUAUAGCAACAUCAAGUGCGACUACUAAACAAACUACAGAACUAUUGUCCACUGUUGAGACAACCACAGAUAUAUCUACGCAAUCACCUACAACAGCUUUUAGCACAGAACCACAGUCUACUAUCAUAACAUCUGAUGCGACUACGAAGGGGACAACAGAGUCGCUAACCACGCAGCAAACCACGGAAGCAGUCUCCACCACCGAGACAGCGUCCCUUGCAACAACAGAAUCACCAACCUCCGGAUUUUCUACAGAAGCACAAUCAACUGUCAUAACAACAACUAGUGCGACUACAAAGGGGACAACAGAAAUGUCGACCGCGGUAACAACGCCUCCUGCAACUACAUUUCUGUCAACAGAGUCGCCAACUACAGAACCACUAUCAACAGAGAACUACGAUAAGAUCUACAGAAUCACCAACUACAGCCCUUACCACAGAAGCGCAAUCUACCAUAGCAACAACUUCUGGUGUAACCACGAUGGGGACAACGGAGUCGCUAACAACAGCACAAACCACAACCGCAUCGUCUACCCAAGAGACAACACCUCCUGGAACUACAGUUAUAUCUACAGAAGCACCAACAGGCUUCACUACAGAACCACAGUCUACUAUCAUAACAUCAUUUACUGGGACUACGAUGGCGACAACCGGUUUGGAAACUACAGAAGUAUCGUCUAG